AUGAAAUUUGUAAAAGUUUCGAAAGGAAGGAGGAUCGUGUUUUUGUUACUGAUUACUGGUUUUGCGGGUAUCGUUACAAUUAAUAUAUGCUCAUGGAUUUCUACAACUAAACAGCAGCCAACCAUACACCGGACAUAUUUGAAAACUCGUACAAGAUGCCCUCAGAAAUUUCCGCUUUUGAUCCUGGUUCUUUCCAGUCCGUUAAACUUCCAACAGCGACGAGUGAUUCGUCAAACUUGGGGGACAGAUUAUGCCAUGGACAAAACUUGGAAAACCAUGUUUUUAUUGGGGCAAGCAAAACAUCCAAUGGAAGCGAAAUACUUGAUUGAGGAGGCAAUCAUUUAUGGUGACCUCAUCCAAGGUCUCCAAACAGAUUCGUAUUCCAAUUUAACCUUAAAAACAGAAAUGGGCUUAGAAUGGGCAGUAAAAUAUUGUGAUUUUGAUUUCCUUUUAAAAACAGAUGACGACGUUUUCGUGAACACUUACAAACUGGUAGAUUAUUUAAGGAGACCACAGACUUCCAAAAGACAGUUAUACCUAGGAAAUGUCGCACAACGACAGAAAACGAGAAGAAGAGGAAAAUGGGCUUUAUCCCUCCAGGAAUACCAAAGCGAUUUUCUUCCAAAAUUCUGUCUCGGUCCUGGCUAUGUGUUAUCAAAAGACCUUGUCAGCCGAUUUGUAGAGAUAUUUGACGUGAAGAAACCUUUGAAACUCGAGGAUGUGUACAUGGGAAUGUUGGCGGAAAGAAUUGGCGUGACCCCCAGCAAUCAUUCAGGAUUCAUAACGUACAGUGAAGAGAAGCAUUGUACAUACAAUUCUAAGUGGAUUGUUGUACACGAGGCGUCGCCAUACUGUAUUAUGAAAUUGUUCAACAAAGCUUUAGAAGAAAGAUUUCGUCAAGUUGGUAAAGGUACACAGGUUAACUUGCUUUAG